AUGGAAAGUGCCACUCAAAUGAGUCAAUCUGGACUUCCACCCUCAACUGAGGAGGGGCCUGGAGGAGUAACCCAAGGCACUGAGACAAAUGCCCCUCAGCAGCCUGAGGUUAAUCCUGCUGUUCCUGCACAGAAGAGGAAGAAUGUGGAGUCUAGAUCUAAGGUCUGGGAACAUUUUGAAAAGAUCUUUAAUUCUGAAAACAAAGUAAUAAAGAGGAAAUGUAUAUACUGUGCUAAAGUCUAUCACUGUGAGAGUAAAAAGCAUGGUACUACCUCUUUAAGAAAUCAUAUGUUGACCUGUCUAAAAAAUCCACAUUCUAAGGAGACUAGGCAGUCACUUCUUACUUUCACUGCUGUGACAACAUUUGAUACUCAAGGGGGUUCUGAAGGGGUUGUUGGGGAGUUAGGGACUUGGGUUUUCAAUCAGGAAGCCAUUAGGAGGGCAUUAUGUGAGAUGAUAAUUAUUGAUGAGCUUCCAUUUAGGUUUGUGGAGGGGCAAGGGUUUAAAAGGUUUAUUUUGAUUACUUGCCCUAGAUUUUGUAUACCUUCUAGGUGGACAAUUUCAAGGGACAUUUACCAAAUUUACCUUGAUGAAAGAUUAAACCUUAAGAAGCUGUUUAGACUUAACACUCAAAGGGUCAGUUUGACUACUGAUACCUGGACCUCUGUGCAGAGGAUCAAUUAUAUGUGCAUUACAGCCCAUUUCAUAGAUGAUCAGUGGAAGCUGAAUAAGAAAAUCAUAUCCUUUGUCCCUAUUUCUUCUCACAAGGGUGAGCAUAUAGCCAAGGCAUUAGAAAGUUGUUUGAUUGACUGGGGGAUUAUGGAUGUUUUUUCUGUCACUGUAGAUAAUGCUUCUUCCAAUGAUACUGCUAUGAGUUUUUUUAAGUCCAAAUUGUUGUCAUGGGGUGCAACCACUGUUAGGAGUAAGUACAUUCACAUGAGGUGCAUAGCCCACAUUUUAAACUUGGUGGUCCAAGAUGGGUUAAGGUUUGCAGAUAGUUCUGUUAAGAAGGUGAGGGAUUCUGUUAGAUGGAUGAGGAACUCACCUGCAAGACUCAAAAAAUUCGGAGAUCUUGCAGAACUGCUUGGGGUGGAAGCCAAAAGUUCUUUACAACUAGAUGUUCCAACAAGAUGGAACAACACCUACAUGAUGCUUAGCACUGCCAUACAAUACAAGGCUGUGUUUGAUGCAUAUUCAUUGAAUGAGCCCUCAUUUGUUGCUGAUCUGGGUGAUUCUGUCCCUUCUUUUCUGGACUGGACUUCUGUUGAAUGCUUGGUAGUUCUGUUGAAAGGGUUUUAUGAGAUGACAAUUAGAAUCUCUGGUUCUCUAUAUGUCACCUCUAACAGUUUCUUCAGUGAGAUAUCUGAUUUGAGUUGCAUGUUGAGUAGCAUGAUUGUUGCUGGUAGUGCUACAGAGGUUAUGGGAUCCCAAAUGAAAAGUAAAUUUGAAAAGUAUUGGGGAGAUCCUGAAAAAAUGAAUUCCUUGAUCUUCUUUGCAAAUAUCUUGGACCCAAGAGAUAAGUUGGAAUAUAUGCCAUACCAGUUUGAGGAACUGUACGAUAAAGAUAAUGGAAAGAAGUGUUUAGAGAAUGUCCAAGCUGCCAUGGUAGAAUUGUUUGGUGACUAUGCAGCAACCUACUCUGUCAAUGUGCAACAAUCAUCUUCUGAUUCAUCUUCUGGUAGCCAACCAGAUGUGCCUCCUGUCCAGUCUCAUGCCACAAUUGGUAGACCUCAAAAUAUGUUAAAGAACAAACUAAAAAGGCAAAAAAUAGGGGCUAGUGGAAGCUAUAAAGAAACAGAACUUCAAGUCUAUUUAAGUGAAAAAAUUGUGGAGGACACUCCUGACUUUGAUAUCCUUAGGUGGUGGAAGCUAAAUAGUGAGAGGUUUCCUACUCUCUCCAAAAUGGCAAGGGAUAUCCUAGCAGUUCCUAUUUCCACUGUUACCUCAGAAAGUACAUUUAGUACUAGUGGGAGGGUAUUAGAUGCAUUUAGGAGUUCUUUAACUCCUAAAAUUGUCGAGGCCUUAGUAUGUGCACAAGACUGGAUGAGGUUACCAAAUCAACCAUUAAGGUUGAGGAAAAUAUUGAUGAUGUUGAAAAGCUUGAACAAGACUUGGCUACUGGAGUAA